UUGCCGUGAACGUUUCUUCCUCGUCAUUUUCGCGCUUGGAAGAGUUUUUAUCUCGGGAAAAGUUUUUUUUUCUUUCUGUCUCUUCGACCAACUUUUAAUUCGUGAUAAAGUGUUUGUUUUAUCGUCGUCAACCGGACUAAUCGGCAUUUUCUCAGGUGCAAUUGCUGGGUUGAUUGCAAAGCCAGUCGUUCAAGUGGAAUAAAAUGGGGACUGGCGGCGAAAUGUGAUGAAAAAAAUAGUGAUACAUUAUCUUUUCAUCAGGUAAAGUAAUUAGGGGAGAAAGAAGGUUCAAUGUGGCACUUUCUGUAUAAUCCCGCACACAAAUUUAGCGACUGUAGUGAGUGAAAAUUUUACGGUAUAUUCAUUGCGUGUGUGCCCCAGAUUAACCGCAUCGGAUCUGGAGGGCUUCUAGAUAAUCUUUCGACCAAGUUCCUGUGGGUAAAUCGGAACAGAUUUUUGUUUGGCUGGUGAAUCGGGAGAAGAAAAAAUAAUAAUCAAAAUGGCGCGUCCCAGUUUGUCGUAUUUUCCGACGAUAGCAAUAAUGCUUGUGCUUUUCGGAUUGGUGCUGGAGGGAACAAUCGGCCAGUCGGUGAGGCACGGAUUUCCCCCGGACACGUUGCAUGUCAACUAUGAUGAAGAGUUAAGUCAAGUUCGACGGCCGGUUGUCAUUAACCGAUACGAAGAAGAACAUCGACAGAAGAGAAGCCCCGGUUCAUCAUCUGCUGGAACGCCUGGAACUGGUUCAAUGGCCUCGGAUGCACUGAGCAUGGCCAAGGAUGGGAAAAACUCCAUUUCACCAGAUGUGAUCGAAAAGAAGGUGAACCGGUUGAAUGAUUCCCACGCUCAGCUGAUUGUCCAUUGGCUCGGCGAUGGCACGAGUGUUAUGAUAUGCUUGGCGCGUGACUCACCAUCGGACAACGACGCCAAGACGCCACCCCCGCAACCGUCGCGAAUCUUCAUCUCCAAAGACUAUGGGGACACGUUUUUGGACCAGACCGAAAUGUUCGAACUCAACGUUACCGGAUCGGUGGUCAACUCGACGGUUGAGCAGUUCUUCACCCAUCCGAAGUUCAACACGAUUGUUUUCGCCGAUUCGGGCAACAAAGCCAUAUUCACCUCGGACGAUUACGGUAACUCCGUAACGGUUCGAAUGCUGAAUUUUACACCAUCGGAUGUAACGUUUUAUGAAGCCGAUACUAAAAUGUUUUUGAUACUUGACAAGAAGGACCCGGAGAGAAAGUUGUAUUGUACCACUGAUUUUGGUGCUUCCUUCACACUUUUGCAAAGCUACGUUAAAUCGUACAGUUGGUCUUCGGUCGAAGGUGCACCGAUUCAUUUGUAUGUGGAACGAAAGGAACCUACCAACACUUCAUCGGUGAUAUUUUACAAUGCGGCCAACCUUCGCAGUGGGAAAAAUCAGUUCAAUGUGCUGAUUGAAAAGGUGGAAGAUUUUCACAACAAAAAAGACUUUAUGUUCGCCUCGCAGCGAUUGCCAAACAGUACGCAGCUGUUGAUUUCGUACAAACGGGGCAAGUUCGUGAAGGCCGAUUUCCAGACGGAACUCGACAUGAAGGGAUAUCACGUGGCCGAUGUAGAUGGUCGGCGAAUUCUCAUCUCUGUGGUACAUACCGAGCGCAUUUCUCACCUCUAUGUGUCGGAAGCCAAUGCCGAUAUGACUGACAUCAAAUUCGUACCGAGUUUGGAUAACAUCUUCACAUACGUUCCGGAUCUCAAUUGGCGAUCCAGUUGGUUGGUGCAAUCCUCAGACGGCGCUUUUACUGAUUUGUACAAAGUUGAAGGACUACGGGGUAUUUACAUUGCAUCCAAGAUAAAUCGCAUUCCACUGGGCGAAACCAUUUCGCCAGAUUCCUUGGUGUCGUUGAUUACCUUCGAUCACGGCGCCACAUGGCGGCCCAUAACUGCUCCAACGGCUGAUGAUGACGGCAUUCCAAUUCAGAAUUGCAACACCAACAAAGACUGUAGCUUGCAUUUGUCGCAGAAAUUCAGCUCGCUGUAUCCGGUUACAAGAUCCGUGAGCAUAAUGAGCUCAAAAUCGGCCCCGGGUGUGAUUAUGGCAUCCGGUGUGGUAGGAAAAUCCCUGAAAGGCCAUCCCGGAGUGUACAUCUCCCGCGAUGCUGGCCUGACCUGGAAACAGAUUUUAAAGGACUAUCACUUCUUCAAUAUGGGUGAUCACGGUGGCAUUUUGGUGGCGGUGAAAUAUUUUAAAUCAAAAGGAGAAACCAACGAAAUCCUGUACUCGACCGAUGAGGGAGAAAAGUGGUUGUCAGCUCCGUUCCACUCGAAUAAUUUGAAAGUCUAUGGAUUGAUGACCGAACCGGACACAAAUACGACCAUAUUCACUUUGUUUGGUUCGGAACAGGACGAACACCAGUGGUUGAUAAUUAAGGUUGAUUUGAAGAAGGCUUUCACAUCAAAUUGUACCGACGAUGACUACAAGUUUUGGGCACCAGGAACUAACACAAGUGACUCCUUCAUGCCGUGUAUUUUGGGUUUGCAGGACACAUACCAGAGGAGAAAACCACAUGCAAAUUGUUACAAUGGACAGGAUUAUGAACGACCGAUACGGCAGCAAGUUUGUCAAUGCACUCGUUGGGAUUUCGAGUGUGAUUUUGGUUUUAGCCGCAAUACGAACAAAAAUUCACCAUGCGUGCGGAAUAAAACGCUUCCUAACUACGAUCCAUAUGUACCACCGAGCUCUUGUAAGCCUGGUGAAUUUUAUAAUCGAACCAAGGGAUACCGUAAAAUUGAAGGAGACGUUUGCAUCGACGGAUACUCCUCACAGUAUCUACCUCAACAGAUUCCUUGUCCGAUGGAUGAACCACGUGAAUUUUUGGUAAUAGCACAGCGUGAUAAAAUCUCAAGAAUUGAUUUGGGUAAUAAAACGAAACAGGUGUUCCCAGUUACGGGAUUGAAAAAUGUUAUAGCGAUUGAGUUUGAUAUAAAACAUAACUGCGUGUUUUGGGCAGACAUUAUGACGGAUGUUAUUGGACGGCAAUGUUUAAACGGUAAUCAACCAGCAGAAAUGUUAGUGGACAGCGGUUUGUCUUCGGUUGAAGGAAUGUCAUACGAUUGGGUUUCGGAAAUGCUUUACUUCGUAGAUGGUAUGCGAUUGAAGAUUGAAGCGGUUCGUACGAAUGGCGGAGCGUUGGGUGCGAUGCGAAGAACUAUCAUCGAUACACCGAACUUGAACAAACCUCGCGGAAUUGUAGUGCAUCCACUGCAGGGGUAUCUGUUCUGGACGGAUUGGAACUCAGUGAGACCAUCAGUUUCAAGGGCAAAUCUAGAUGGAACGGAUAUCAAGAUUUUGUUUACUAAACCUGAUGUUGUUUGGCCGAAUGGAGUGGCGAUUGAUUACAUUGCUGAAAGAUUAUAUUGGGUAGACGCUAGCAAAGAUUAUAUAGCAAGCAGUGAUUUGAAUGGUAAAAAUUUCGUCAAAGUACUUCAGCAAGACUCUCGUGUAGCACAUCCUUUCGCUGUGGCAGUAUUGAAAGAUCUCAUGUUCUGGGAUGACUGGAAGAUGAACUCUGUUUACUCGGCUGACAAAGAUCACGGUAUUAUGAUCAAUUUGAUAGCGAAUGAAAUGAUGAACUCGAUGGAUCUUAAAAUCUUUGGUCAUUCAGUUCAGGAGGGAACGAAUGGUUGCGGUAACGGAAACAAAUGUUCACAUAUUUGUGUUGGAGCUCCGAAGGGUGGCCACACAUGUCUUUGUCCCGAUGGAAUGGAAAAAGAUACUCAAGGACAGUGUCUUUGUCCGGGAGGUGCAAAACCAUUCGCCAACAAUACAUGUGCACGUUCAGGAAGUACAUGCGGUGCUAAAUUCUUUGACUGUAAGAACAACAUUUGCGUCCCACUGAUAUACAAAUGUGAUGGGGAUGAUGACUGCGGAGAUAAAUCCGACGAAGACGGAUGCCCAGUUGACAAACCACCAUGCCCUCCGUAUAUGUUCACCUGCAAAUCGGACAAGCAAUGUGUUCCUAAAUAUUUUGUUUGUGAUUACGAUAGAGACUGUUUGGACGGUUCUGAUGAGCAAAACUGUAAAUCCGCUUCUUGCAAACCGGAUGAGUAUACUUGUGGUAAUGGUCGCUGUAUCAAUAAGAGCUGGCUUUGCGACGGAGAAGAUGACUGUAGGGAUGGAACAGAUGAGGCAACUUGUAAUAAAGACAAUGUGGGACCGGUUGAAUGUAAACCAGACGAGUUCCGUUGUAAUGGAACAAAUACUUGCAUUCCCAAACAGUGGCGUUGUGAUACGGAACAAGAUUGUAACGACGGGUCUGAUGAAUUAAACUGUACGCAGAAAGAAUGUGAAUCUUGGAUGUUCCGCUGUGAACUAGACCAAAGAUGUAUCUACAAAACUUGGAAGUGUGACGGAGAAAAGGAUUGCAAAGACGGCAGUGACGAAAAGGAUUGCGGUAGCUCGACGGAAGUACCAAAGAAACCAGGAAUAAACUUUUUACCGGGAGAUUCUUGCCAUGAUUGGAUGUUCAAAUGUGCGAACGAUAAAUGUGUGCCAUAUUGGUGGAAAUGUGAUGGUGUUAAUGAUUGCAAGGAUAUGUCAGAUGAAGCGGGCUGUAAUACUACAAUUUCAAUAACUUCAACAACUACGAAAGCACCCCCGCGAAAGAAGGAAAGGAACUGUGGCCUUCAUGAGUUCCGUUGUGAUACAGGCCUGUGCAUUUCGAAACGUUUCGUUUGUGAUGGUUAUGAAGAUUGUACCAAAGGCGAGGAUGAAGAUAAUUGUCCGUCUCAGAAAACUUGUAGCAAUAAACAUUUCAAGUGUCGCAGCGAUGGGAUGUGUCUACCGCUUGAAAAGUACUGCAACAAUGUUGUAGAUUGCGUCGACGGCAGUGAUGAAGAUUGCAAAUUCAAGCCCAACACAUCAACUGUAACGAGCAAUAACUGUACAAACAAUCCAGGAGUGUUUGCUUGUGAUAACACCUGUUUUGCAUUGAUGGCACUGUGUGACGGAAAAUCAGACUGUUACGACGGUACCGAUGAGGAAAAUUGCAACGGCAUGAAGACUAAACAUUACCAAGUCACUCAAAUUGGCGUGGACGAACGUUCGCGAAACUCAACCAGUUUUCUCAUAUUUUGGUGGAUUCCGCUGCCACGAAAUGUGAGUCUGGAAUUCCUGCCUUCGAUUUUCUAUAACGGUGAAUGGAAGAACGUAACGAACUGGAUCGACAACAUGGACUAUAGAUUCACAAAUCUUAAGCCCUACACGAACUAUAAUGUAACAACGUACGUUAGAGUGAAAGAUCAAACGAAAAUUACCCCGCCAUACUUUUACUUUGAAAUUGCAACCAGCGAAGGAGUACCGACAGUUCCUCGCAAUGUGACGGUUGCACAAAUAAACGGCUCAAGAAUUCAGGUGAGCUGGGAAAGGCCUGAAGAAGUAAAUGGACAGCUUCAGGGAUACACCAUCAAUUAUAGGUCACAAUCUAAAAACGUUGGCCCAGCUCAGAAUGUUAAAGUGGGUUCAUCGGAAACCAGUCAUAUUUUCGAUAACGAUUUCCGCCCUCACACUGUUUACGAAUUCUGGGUUAAAGCCAGAAAUGGAAAGCAUGAAUCUGUUUCGUCCAACAUGGUACAGCUUAAAUUCGAUGGUAGUUCGAACAUCGACAAGAUUAGUAAAAUUGAUGUGGUAAACAUUACUAAAAAAUCUGUUACCCUGGAAUGGAAACCAGUCAGUAAUGCUGAUGGUUAUAUGAUUGAACCUAUCUUACCACAGUCAUAUCCACAAUUGAAUAAAAUUUGGGUAAAAACCUCAACGUAUACUCUGGACAAUAUGGUCCCCGGAACACAAUACGUUAUCAAGGUGGCAGCCUAUGCCAAAAAUUUUGUCGGAAUGCACGAAACGACCAUAGUUACAAUUAUGGGAGAUCCUCUUCCAGCCAUCAACGUCAGAAUGAAGGAACAAACGCAAGAAUACACACUUCUCGAAUGGGAUGAACCGAAAGAAAAUUAUGGUAAACUCACCUAUGGAAUAUAUUAUGGCACCAAUAUGGAUCAAUUAUUUGAAGCAUCCAAAGUAAAUACUUCUGCCACUAGUUACAAACUUACUAAACUACGGCCUUGUGAGUCGUAUCUCAUAAGCGUUGGCAUCGUAGGACCAAUCGGUCCCGGUCCGCUCGGUAGAAAUCCCCUAAAGCUAGACACUCCUUACAACAACACAUUGCCACCAAAAGAGUUGAACGUUGAUAUUAAUGAUACUAGUCACGAGAUGAUUAUCCAGUGGAAGCAUAGCUGUUCGCUGGAAUCGUCCUCCUAUCCUACAUAUAUUAUCUCUGUCCGCGAGUUGACAAAAAAUAAAACAUCGUUGGUGAACGUUAAAUCGUCGCCCAACAAUAAAACGAUGAUGCAUGUGUUCCGCAGCAUACCGUUGGGCGCGGCAUACGAAAUUGGUGUCUCGACCAAUGUACAACACGCUCAGGUGGUCACUACAGUGGCCUAUUCGGCACCGCUUCCCGCACCAUCUCGUUUGCAAGUAUGGCCCGAAUCCAACGGCACUUAUGUCGUUUACUGGAAACCGGUCAACGAUUUCAAAGAUAUUGCCUACACCUAUCAGGCCGUAGUGUAUGAAGGGCGAGGCGUAAACACAACCAUUCCACCGGUGCUGAUGCUUGAAGCCAAAGAACCUCCAAUUUUAAUCAAUCCAAAUCAGCUGGCAAGGCUCCCACUGGAUACGUUGUUUACUAUUGGAGUCCGACUCAAAACGGUUGACGGCUUUUUGUCGGAUAUCGUAGAAACAGAAUCCUUUGCUAAGCAUAACUUUGGUAGCUUGGUGCAGGAAUCAUCUUUCUCGUCGGCCUGGCUGUGGAUUGUCCCAACCGUAGUAGCCAUGUUGCUAGCACUCACCGUUGUUUAUGUAGUCCAGAGGCACCGGCGACUGCAGACGUCGUUCAGUCGCUUUGCCAACUCUCACUACGAUACCCGAACGGGGGCUACCCGGAUUGGCGAUAGCUUGGAUGAUGACGAUCACGAACAUCAGGAGGUGCCACGGAGCUUUUCGGAUGACGAACCGCUCGUGAUUGCGUAAGAAUUGGGUGCGAAUAUUUUUGACUGCGGUGACGAGGUAAGGUAUGUUACUGGUAUUCCUGGUUUUCUUGUUCUUGGAAGAAAAUUUUACAAAUGAUAAACGCUUGUGUAACACUAUUCUGCUCAUUUAGUUGAAGAGUUAAACGGUUGCAGUAAGAGUGAAUUUGCUUUAAUUAAGAUUUAUGUAGGAAUAAAGAUUACACUUGAACUGUGGCUGUUGGCUUCGGCCGGUUCGUUUUGUCUGUGAAAUAAAAUGAUUAAAACUUUUAUACAUAUAGUUAUAAUGCAAGUGUAGUCCUGCAUAACACAGAAAAAAGACUAGCAAUUGUGUAUUUAUGUUGAUUUUAUUUUAAUAGGUUUAUUUAAUCGCGUUUUAUUGUAAAUUUAUAGGAAUUGUUUUUUGUCAACUAGGAAGAUUUCCGUGUAACAUACAGUUGCGUUCAAAAAAUAAUGAAUUCGUGCAAGCAGCGCACAAAUUUCUCACUUUGACAAACAACCAUGCCUAGCUGAUAUUUUUUCAUGAAACUUCCACACAAGCUAGUUUCAUUGAGUUUUGAACAUUUUGCGUGUACUAGGAAGAGAGAUACAGCUAUUUUAGUGAAUGUAAAGAAUAUUGAGAUUGUUUCAUAAAAAAAAACUAAAGCGGUUUGAUUAUGAGAUCGGUUUUGGGGUAACAGACGAUUUCAUUCCUAUGGCCGAAUACAGAUUCCAUACAUCCAUAGAUACAAUCUUUGAGAAAAAUUACUCAAGCCGAAGUAUCAAUAUCGAACAUUGUAAAAUUUAUGUUUGCAUGAAUUUAAAGCAUUUUAAAAAUGAAAAAAAAAACAAACUGCGAGGAAGAUAACGCAAAAACAUUGAUUCCAUACGAACAUCCACCCUUGAAAAAUGAAAGCGCCUUUUACACAGAAAACAACCUCACCAAUUCAAAUCGCUUUAAUUUAAAAUUUAAAUUAACGUUGUACGAUUUUGAUUUAAUUUGACCAAAUACUAAAAAGUACUUUUUUACAUAAUAAUCUCACUAUAUUAAAAAUGUGAAAUGUGACAAUCUCAAUUUUCUCUUUUUUUUUUACUAAAAUAGCUGCAUGCAGAAUAUUCAAAAUUCAAUGAAUGAUGAAUUUAUAAGUGUAAAGUAAUUAGCUUGUAUGAAAGUCUCAUGAAAAAUUAUCAACUGUGAGAGAAAUGGCAGUCUGUCAAAAUUCAAAGUUUGUGCUCUGCUCUGUGCGAUUUCAUUCUUUUUUUUUAACACAACUGUACAAGCGCAUACGCUCUAAAUGUAAACUGUUAGCCGUAGACACCGGUCAGGUCCUUGGUUUUUGUAAACACGAGAUUGAGUUAUUACGAAUGAAUGAGAUAUUCUGUCUACGGAACAGCGCAGACUUCAUACAAGAGAUAUUAAUUGAAACACGAGAUACGGUAACAAGAGGCUCCAAGAAAAAAAGAAUAGAACGGUACACAAAUUAAUACUUCUAUCUAACAAAGACUAAAAUUAUCGUUUCUCUCAAGAAAAAUGGUUUAAAAACUGAUCCUAAUACAGACCAAAUUUAAGCAUAAAAAAAUUUCUCGAGCAAAGAAAAGAAUAUCGAAUGUUUGGUGCUACGUGUAAAGACUUUUAUCAGGUAGCAAUUCAUUUUUUUUUGCUUUCCAUUUCGGUCGGAAAUCGAUUCCAUACGAGGGUUUCGAGAAAUGUGCUAAAUGCGAAACGUUUUUUUUAGGAAAGAGGUUAAAACUAACAUAUGGUCAAGACAAAGAUUAAUUGUAAUAGGUAAUAUUAUGAUAACUGAUAAGCGAGUACAGCCAGAAUCGUUGAAAAGCAUGUAAUAACUGCAAAAAAGGGUAUCCCCAUAGUAUUUGGACGUAUUUUUCUCUUGUGUAUAAUUAUUGAGUGUGACGAAUUUCGACUGUGUUUGGUAAAUGAUAAGAAUGUCACCGGAACAAAAUUGUACGGUCCCGCCAAAUUUGAAUCGAGGGACAAAGCGCUACUGUCAAAGGUGGCUCUAUUUGUGGUUCCGAGAAGUAAUAAUAACAAUAUUGAUAAUGAACAAGAAACAUAAAUCUUCCUCCUAAACACGAGAAGUGGUAAUUUUUAUGUUUCCUACAUAUACUUUUGUAUUAGCAUAUCGUUCCCAGAAAGUGAAACUAAAUCAUAAGUAGAAAAGUAUCCCCAAAUAAUUCAUUGAACAUGAAUAAUAAUACAAUUUACUCUGAUAAAGAAUUGAGACAAAGAGUGAUGUAAAAAUUACAUAGAAUUGCAACAUGA